ACGAAAGCCCAGAUAGGAUGAGAUGCAAGAUCUUUGCUGCAGCCUGGGCGAAAACGGAAUUCCCUUCUACCGCCCUCUCGUUUCCGUCGCACCACCUUUUCGCGGCUUCCGAAAAUGGCCGCUUUAGGGAACGUUCGCUGCCUCAAAUGAGCGACAUCGCGUGCGAAUAUGUGUGAUUCAGAUACGUUUUUCUUCAUCACCAGAACAAACCAUGAAGUGCAAGGUGACAAGCUCGGUCAGCCAUGCUAAGCCAAACAAAAAUGAAGCCAAUGUGCUGCGCAGAUCCUCUAGACGAGCAACCAUUGAGAGACGAGUUUGGGCUGUACCAAAAAAGCCCAGCAAACCUGGCACAAGUGCCAAAGGAAAGUGUGCUCCUAAGACUGACAAGAAAGGUAGGAAGACUCAAACCCAAACCAAAGUGCAAAUUAAGAAUCUGAGCAAGGGUCACCCUCAGCAGAACCUCAAGAGAGUGCACAGUGCCACAGAGGAAUCUGGAAAUUCAAGGAGAAAGAUUAAGAAAACAGAGGGCACAAAAGAUGUUGGGACUGAUGGAAGUGGCACAAGUGAAGUGCCUUCAGAACCAGUUAGUAAAAGAGGGAAGAAGUUAAGUGGAGAUCACAGUGAGAAGAACCUUGAAAGUGAUGAUGGGGCAGACUAUCGCUCCCAGAAAAGAUGGGGUUAUACAGAAAGUAGCUUGGAUGGCCAAGGUGUAGACACUACACGAAACACCAGGUCUGACGGCAAAGUGAAUACUUCUAGAAGGACAGAGUGGUGUGGGGGUACUUCAUCAGAGAGUACUAGAGGGAAUAGUUUAGAUGCUCUGUGUUAUGCUGUUGAGAAAUAUGGUGAGCGAGAUGUGGAGGAAACAUUGUUAACAGAUGAUGUUUGUCUUCACAAAGUUGUCAUUGAAGAAGUAGUAACUGACUACAGGAUAUCCGAAUCAAACUGUGAUGUUAAAGAUUUGGAUGUUGAACACAAAGUCAGGGAGGAUAUUGGUCACAAAGAUGAGUACAGAGAUGCUGUGGAUAUAUUAGAUCAUUCUCAUAGUAAAGCAGAAGAGUGUAAUAAAAGAAAUAGUGAGAAGUUAUUAAGGGAAAAAGAUGAGAGUAUAGAUGUAGUGAAAAUUAAGCCCCCUGUUUUGGAGGUAAAGGAAAAUUCUUUUGAUGGGACAAGUAUAGAAAGCAUAUUUGGUGAAGAAGGGGCAAAUGCAGUGAAAGACACACUUGUCAAAGAUGAGCUGAAUGAAGGGGCGAGGUAUACAUCAGUCCAAGAAGGGCUGAGUGAUGUGAAGGACCUUAGUUGCAUUGAGGAUAGAUUACAAGGACAAGAAAAGCUUUGUGUUGUUAGAGAUAAAUAUCAAGAAGGGAGAAGCAGUACUGUUAAAGAUGUGAAAAGUGAAGAGAAGAAUUUGUGCUCUACAGUAGAUGAGCUCUGUGAAGUUCGUUCUAGUGAGGGUAAACUGGAUGAAAGCAUUUCCAGAGUUAAGGAAGUGGCAAAGGAUCAGUGUGUUUCAGUGAAAGUGAAAUCAGAGAAGCAUGGGAAAGAAGCAAAGAAAAAACAGAUUGAAAAUAUUGAUGUUGAUGAAGAAAAGAGUAGAAUAAAAGAUGUCUCUGACAGUGAAAACACAGAAGAGGAAGAGAGUAACAGUAGUGUGGAAGCUAAGACUGCAUCCAACAUUCCCUUCAAAAAUGAAGGUACAGUGGUGGUUCCAACAAACACAGAGGCUGCAGCAGGGGAAGAUUCUGAAGAAGAUCAUGUAUCACUGGCUCUGGCUCUUGCACAGCUGGUCAAUUCAGAAUGUGGGGGAGAAGUUGGGGGUGCUGAGACUGUCACCAUACAUUCUGCCUCAUCUGUAGAUCACUUAGAAAAUGAAGCUGGAGUUGUUACCCUUGGAUGUAAAGCAGAAGAGGUGGACAGAACAGAAUCACCAUGUCCAGCUGAGGAAAUGGAGGAGGAAGAGGAGGAGGAGGAGGAGGAGGAGGAAGAGGAAGAAGGUGAACUAAUCAUUAAAGAGGAGGAUGAGGAUGAAAUAGGUGAUGAGUCUGAGGAGGAAGAAUUCAGCACAGAAUUCAAGCAGAAUAACAAGGAAGAUGAUAGUAGAGAAGAAACUGACAGCAAAGAUCCUCUGCCUGUGACUGUGCCAGAAAGGGUUACAGACCAGCUGGACUGCUUGGUAGAGAUGGUUGGGGAAGAAGAGGAUAAAAAUGCAAGAUCCAGGAGUGGAUCACCCCCACCACAGCCACCUCCACAGAAGUCCAAGAAGCAGCUCCCUCCACUCAUCAAAAUAAGCUCUCGACCCCCAGCAAUCAAGACUCCAUUGAAGUGUCCAGAAUGUCCCAUGCAAUUUUGCACUGUGCGAUCGUUAUUGUGGCAUUUUGGAACUCAUGGAGCAAGAUCAAGAGACACCUGCAUUCCUCCAAUCCUUCUGCAAGAUCUGAUAGUUCCAUGGGACAAACCCACAGUUUCUGUUUUCAUCUCACAGCCUACAGAAAGUGCCACAGCAACACCCACAUCAUCAGUUGCAGACAAUGCAAUCAAGAUUGAUGUAGUAAGUAAGCCAGAUGUACCAUCAACAAUACAACUGGUUAGAACAGAAGAUUACAUGGGAAACAAUGGAGAUGUUAUUCUGAAAGUACCAAUUCCCAGACUGAAACCCAAGUCUCAUUCAAAUCAGUAUGUCAAAAAAGAUAAGUUUGUAAACAUACUACCAAAGAUACCUACAGGUGAUGGGCAAGUGUCAGGUCAGACCACCCAAGCUAGCCCUCAGCCAGCAUUGAUCCGGCCAUCUGGAUCGCCUACUCCACAGAUCACUGUUCAUCCUCAGCCAGCAGUUCAGUCCACAGUCAGUAUACCUUCAGAUCAGGCAUCAACAACACAGUCUCAGGUUCCAAAGAUCACCAUUAGGGCAAGUAAUAAACUUCAGAUUCAGCCAUUGGCAUCAUCGCAGUCUACGGUGCAAGUGCAGUCACCAUCAACAGUUCAGGUACAACCACCAUCAUUACAAGUACAGCCUCAGUCUGCAGUACAAUUACAGCAAUCAACAGUGCAAGUUCAGCCCCAGUCUGGGACACAGUUGCAGCAGCCAUCUGCAGUUGCAGUACAGUCACAGUCUGCCUUGCAGGUGCAAACUCCAACAGGAGUGCAAGUCCAGUCAUCACCUGCAUUGCAAGUUCAGCCCAUUGUAACAACUAGUAAGGGUUCUUCUGCUGCUCCUAGUCAUAUAACUUUAAUCCCUAUGGACAAGUUAACUGCAGUAGGUCAGACCAUUAAUCCAAGGGGAUCUAAGCUUAACCCAGCUCCCUUGAGAAUGGUAGCCCCCUCAACAUUGCCAGUCAAAUCAUCAAACACAGUGGACAAUGUGCUGGAGAAGGAUGGCUUGGUCAUGAUCAACUCAAAUCUUGCUCUUCGCAUAGUAUCCUCCUUGCCCAGCAGUUUGGACAGUGCUACUAACACAACAAAUACCACCACUCUUAGACCAAUAGCUAGUCAAUCCACAAACAACUUGACUAUUGUGCCACAGACAGAAAGCAACAAGCUAAUCAACUCCUCUAAGAUAGAGAGUGCAAAAAGUCCUGACAUUCUAACGAUUGUUCCUCAAGUUGAUUUGAAUAAAAAAGUUUCGUUGUUAAAAUCUGGGAGUUCAGUGUCUGGCUGCCAAGUUGCUAGUGCUUCACCAAAACAGGCAUCAGCAGCCCAGUCCCAGGUUGUGAAGCUAUAUCUCCUUCAACCCAAAGAUCCAAAAGCAAAUGGGGGUUCAGUUAAAUCAGGCAUUACAUCAGAAACAAGUAAUGUUAAUGGAAUAGAAAUACCACUUCCUCUACCUAAUGGAAAUGAAAAACUCAACUACAGAGAAGUAGAAGUGAAAGAUAACACAUCAGAAUCCUCUGAAGGAGAGGAAGAGGAGGAAGAGGAGGAGGAGGAGGAGGAUGAUGAUGAUGAAGGAAUGGUAAUUGAUGAUGGUAAGGAAGGAGAGGAUGAUGUAAUGGAUCCCCUGAGUUUAUGUGCUGUGACAAUGGAAGAUGAGAAUCUAGAAGCUUUAAACAAUGCAAGCCAAACUACCCAGUCUGGUGGGUCCUCUCCUGCCACAUCACCUGAUAAGGUUAUCAUAAAAAAGUUGCCAGUAAGACCCAAAGGCAAAAAUGGACAAGCAGUUGAUAUUGUGAAAUAUGAGGCUCGAAAGUAUGUGUGUUGCUAUUGUAACAGGAGAUUUGGAUGGUCAACUGAUCUCAAGCGCCAUGUUAUCCUCCACACUGGUGAGAAACCUUUCCAGUGUAAAGUGUGCCCAACAGCAUUUACCAGAAAGUUCCUUUUACAGAAUCAUAUGAAGAGAAUGCACCCAGACAAGUGUAAGAUGUCAGACCUGUGGCCUUAGGAAAGUUUAGGCUGUUAUGGUCUUUAGCUUGUUAUAAUAUAGCCAGUAGCUGAGUGAUUUUUAUAAUGAGUUGCACAGACAACAUAGUUGUUGAUAUUGGUGCUGAAAAAGAGAAAAAUUAAUAUUCAAGUACACAAAUUGCCAUGAUGUACACCUUUGGGAGUUCAUGCAUGUGGAUGCUUGGACACUAGUCAACAUAUCCUUUUAAAGUCAAAAGAAUUAUAUCAUACUUUUCAGAUUUCUAAAAUAUAGAAGAUGUAUUAUUAGUAAAGCAUUUGUAACAGGUCUUAUUAGGAAAUCCUUUCUUGAGUGUUCUUUGUCCCUUGCAAAGUAAAAUAUUUUUGUUUUAGGAUAAUGAAGAUAUAGAAAUUAUUGAAGAGGUCAUUACUUUUUUUUAUUAGCUUACAAAAAUAUGCUAAUUGAGAGUAUGACUUUAUUAUGUUUGGGGAAGAAAUACUUUCAAUUUUUCUUACUUGGUUUUCUGCUCAUGUAGCUCUUGAGAAAUCUAUAUUUUUCCACAUACAAUCUUGAACCAUGGAUGGCAUUUGUCUAAAGAAAUUAAGGAAAAAGAUGGGGUUGUAAUAGGUAGACUGAUUGAUGUAUUGACAUUCUUGUUUUAUUAUUAUAUUGCAGUCACCAACCUUAUUUUGUAGAUUUAUCAUGUUGAUUUUUCUUUCUUUCUCUUUUUUUAGUUUUGCAGGUUACCAAAGAUAAUUACAUUCAUGUAUCGUAAGGCAAUGAAAAAGGAAUGAAUAUGAAAUUUGAUAACAAGGAUAUAAUUAUUGUUCUUUAUUAUUUUUAUUAUUAUGAUAAUGUAAAAGUGGUUCAUAUAGAUACUUUGCUGUUUAUUUUAUUUUUUAUUAUUAUCUAUAGAUUGAUUUAAUUAAAUUUAUUCUUAUAUUUUUGUUCUUCAAAUUUUUCGUUUUUUUGUUAUGUAUUCAAUAGUGAAGGAAAAUAUUUGUAAUUUUAAUUUACAGAAUAUUCUGCUCCCAUUUCUAUGCAGUGUAGUUGUAUUAUUGCCAGUUGUUACUCUUCAUAUGCAGGAAGGAUGAGUUUGGAUGUAAGUAAAUCUAGAGCACAUACCGGAAAGCUUUGUCGUCCAGUUGUUGGUUUCAUAAGCAUUGUACAAAGUCGGACCAUGUAUUUGAGAUACAAACAGAAAAACGGAAUUGAGUUACAAUUUCAGUUGUUGCCAGUGCCAUAUAGAUACUAGGAUGAUCAAAGAUGCAGUGACAAUGUUUAUAAGUUCCCUCUCUAGUGAAGUGAGCUGCUAAUAAUACUUUUGGGUACAUUUAUCAGGACAGGCCUGUUAGCUGGGGUGUACUUACAGGAGCCUGGUGUGCUUGCAGAAAUUUUAUGAACAAGAAUCUACAGUAUGUGUGAACAAGAUUUUUCUGUACUUGCAUGUCCCAGUUGAUUGUACAAGAACUGGUUGUGUAUACACAAGCCAUUUAUACAAUAUUAGAUUGAACUACUAUUUAUAUACCAUUGCUGCAGAAGUGACAAUAGUGAAGGACAGAGUAGGGCCUUUGGUGAGAUUACCGAAUGGAUAACUUUUUACAGUCUUCAGUCUUUUACUCAUAAUUUAAUAAAAAAAAUAGCUUGGGCUUUUGUAUGCCAUGAACAGAGAAUGUAAUAUUCACUAUCUACUACCCUAUGAAUGGAGAAAAACAUUUUCAUUAGGUAUCGUUCUUUCAUAGAGCAUUGAGACUGCAUCGUUUAUUGACUUUACAUUAAUUUGAAAUUCCAAAUUUCAGUACACUACUAUAUUGAAUUUACAUUAAUAUGAAUUUUCCAAAUGUCAUUACACUACUACAUUGAUUUGAAUGUUUCAAAUUUCAUUACACUCCUUAACUUGACUAGUAAAAUUAUUUUCACUUCUAUGUUUUUGUACAGCUGAAACCAGUAUAUUGAGUCUGAUCUCAGCAAACUAAUUGAUAAUGCUAAAGAGGCAAGUUGGCAUCCUGACACCACUCCAUGCAAUUGAAAGUGUAUAUGUGAGAGUAAAAGUGAGAUAUUUUUCUUCUGCAUUUUCUCUCAUUUUUUAUUGUUCUAGUGUGUAGUACUUUGCACAUGUUUAUAACCAUAAUGCAGGAGUACAUGUUAGUUAUGUUUAUGUUUUUCAUUGCAUUUCAAUUUUGUAUCAUUAGCACUAGAGCAAAGUGUGUACAUCACUGAAAUUGAGUAUCACUAAUUUACAUUUUUCACAUUAAAGAUUUGUUUAUAUUAGGUGAAGUUGUACAUCUCCAUAAUUGUGCAUGUUUGUCACUGAAUAAAUCUAAAGCCUUGACCUCAGAGUGGCAACAGUUUAGAGAUAACAAAUAUGAAGAGUAGCAUUUGUUGAUUUCAUUCAUUUUUAGGUGUCAGUGAUAUGAUUCAUAUUAAAUGCUGAGUGACAUAUAUCCCUUGGUUUUAAGGUAUUAGAGCUUGAUUACAUAGUCUUGGAUAAGAUCAGAUUUUUGUAAUUCAGAUUCUAUGUUUUAUACAGUCAGUUUUGCAUAAUCAAAUAUUGAGAUGUUUGUACUGGGGCUCUUGCAAAACCCUCCUCGGCACAGUUGUGAAUAUGCACUGAAUUCCCCCAUAGAUUUUACAUGGUACAACAGCUAUUCACAAAGGCAGACUGAUGAUAUUUAAUGAUAGUUAUGAGUCUGGAGCAAGUCAACACUUUCUGAUUGUUAUGCAAAAGUUGACCAUCAAGUGAUGAAAGCUCUCUUAUACCUGUUGCUAGAGUCAUCUGAAUAUUUUGAAAUGCUCUGUGUUCAGCAUUAAGCAUCUGCAUUUUUUCCUCUGGAUUGUAAAUCUAAAAAUAAUUGGAUUAUGAAGAUGAUAAGACUUGUGGCGUAGCGUGAUGCACUGGUUAAAAAAGCCACUUCUCUAUAUGUAAAACAAAUUUGUAGCUUAUUUUUAUGCAGUUUUGCAGAGUAUUUUUCACAUUUUCCUAUUCACAUCACUGUAUAUAAUCAAAGGAAAUAGUCAUCACUUCUCAUCAAGCAGGCAAUUUUGGAUGCUUCAUUACUGUAUUCAUAUAUGCAAAUGAUAUUUUCUCACCUCCUCCUUUUCCUCCUCCUUCCCUCUACUCCCCUCUCAUCUCCUCCUUCCUCCCCUCUCCCCACCUCUUCUCUUUCCUCCCCUCUCCCCUCCU